AUGUCGAGAGAAUUGGGAAUGACAACUGCAGUCUUGAAUUUCUACAAAGAAAACAUCGCAAAAGAAGCACAUUAUCGACUUCUGGCGAGACAGCGGGAAAUAGAAGAAGGGAUGACAGAAGAAGAGCGACUGGCAAAAUUCAACUCUGCUCAUCAAAAACGCCUCGCUCGGCAGCGAGAAAUGAGCCCAAAAGUGGAAAUUCCAGUCCUCGAAAAGCAGAUCCAAAAAUCGGACCCAAUCAAGCUUCCUGCGCUUUCGAGAAACGGCGAUAAUGGCCAAAAUAAGGAAAACGUGACUGUAAAUCUGAUGAAGCCAGUGGAUGCAAGUGUCAGGGGCCAAAUACUCAACGGCAUUUCAAAAGAGGGGCUCGGCAAACACGCUUAUCUGGCGUCGCGAAAGAUGCUCGCUCCUCAAGACAAAUACAACUAUCAAGCGCUUUCGAGCUGGGACUAUGGAUGGGAUGUUUCUGAUGCUCUCAAGUUUCACAAACCUUCUCCUUUUGCUAGAAAAAUGAUCGUCAAUCAGACAUUUUAUCGAAGAAAUGGCGUUCAAAACUCUCCUGUAGAAAUCUAA